ACAGAUGGAAUUUUGCGUGUUGGUGGUCGUAUUUCUGCGUCUGCAUACAGUGUUGAUAAGAAGCAUCCCAUAUUGUUGCACGCUCGUCAUCAAUUCACCAAGCUGCUUUUCCUCCAAGAGCAUGCAAGGCUUCUACAUGCCGGCCCUCAGCUACUACUUGCGUCUGUAAGAGACCGCUACUGGCCCGUGGGCGGACGCAAUUUGGCGCGGCAAGUAGCCAAGAAGUGCCUUGUGUGCCGUCGAUUCAAAGGGCAACAUAUGACGAACAUUAUGGGCAAUCUACCGUCGGAGCGACUUAACCCAGAUUUUCCCUUCACCAACGUAGGCACUGAUUUUGCAGGUCCAUUUCUGAUCACUGAUCGCAAAGGUAGGGGAUGUAAAAUAACGAAAUGUUAUCUCUGCAUUUUCAUAUGCCUCAAUUAUAAGUGCAUACAUUUGGAAGCUGUCAGUGAGCUCUCUAAAGACGCCUUUAUGUUGUCACUGAAAAGAUUUAUUGCCCGCAGAGGUCUGCCUAAGAAAAUUUUCUGUGACAACGGAACAAACUUUGUUGCCGCGGCUCGCGAAAUCAAUGAUUUUUUUAAGUCCAAGGACAAUGUAAACUCCAUUUUUGAUUUCACAGCUCAGCAGGGCAUCGAUUUUAAAUUUUCCCCGGCAUACGCUCCUCAUUUUGGAGGCUUGUUUGAGGCCGGGGUCAAGUCAGCAAAAUUUCACUUGCAUAGAAUAAUGAGUAAUGCACACUUGACAUUUGAGGAACUGUGCUCCUUGUUUUCACAAAUCGAGGCCAUCCUCAAUAGCCGGCCCCUUUGUCCUCUCAGUCCCUCGCCCACAGACCUACAGCCCCUCACUCCGGGACACUUUUUGAUUGGCAGGCCUCUUACCGCACUGCCAGCCGCUCAACUGUUGGACUGCAACACCAAUCGUCUCGACCGCUAUCAGCGCCUGGAGCAGAUUCGUCAGCAUUUCUGGAGACGGUGGUCAAGUGAAUACGUCUCGGAGCUUCAGCAGCGCACGAAAUGGAAGGUCCGGUCCAAGGCUCUGCGGCUUAAUGACCUUGUCUUACUGAAGGAUGACAGCGUUCCUCCACUGUGUUGGCGCCUCGGCAGGGUCCACAAGAUGUUUCCCGGCUCAGAUGGUGUACCUCACGUUGCUGACGUCAUGACUUCGCGGGGACUUGUCCGUCGCGCCAUCAACCGCAUUUGUCUACUACCCACGGAAGACGACCACUUGUCUUGAGGAGCUUUGUCAGCGCCUUCAACGCCCCGGAGGAUGUCUACGCCUGAAGCUGCGACAGCGUUAGUUUUAAGU